GUAAUAUAGUAUAUAUUAUUUAGUUACUAGUAUAUAAUUAAUAUUAGAGUUAUAUCAAUAAUUUGCUUACGGAUUUAAAUAUACAUUUAAAUCGUUUGAAAAUUUUGGACUUGACAAUUUCAUCAAAACAAGAUUGAGUUACAACAAUGUGUACCCCAAAUAAGAAGACAAAGCUGUCUCAUUUAACACCUUGCAGGCGAAUGGGUUUAAAUAGGUCUCCAAGGAACUUUACACCACCUUUCAAAGAUAAAAAAGUGCACGUUGAGAGCCCUUUGGUAGAGAAUACUAAUAAUAAUGAGUAUAAGACUCCAAGGAAAGUUAUUAGUAGUAGGAGUAAGAAUAAACUUGUAUUCGAGGAUAAAGUUGCUAAAGGUGAUUCUGUAUCGACUGAAGAAGAUUUAGUAUCUAAUUAUGCACCUGAAGAUAAUUAUGUUGAAGCAACAUCAUCUGUUGGCGAAGAUCGCCUUAAAGAUGUGCCUUCGGUUGAAGUUUUUAAUGCACAUUCUGACAUCAAACAAGUCUGCAGAACACCCAAUGAGCAAAAUACAUUAGUUCAAGCACAAAAUGAUUUAAUAAAUGCUAUUAAUACACAAGAAGACCUCAAACAAAGCCCUAGCGAACAUAUUGAACUUAAUUCUACUAUAAGUGCAAAUUUAACAGACCUAGAAUCAUUUUUUGAUGCUGCAAGUAGUAAUACUUUACCAGAAGCAUCCAAUGGGCCAAAAAUUACAGAACAAGAUGUUACCCAGAGUGAUCUGCUGAAACUAAAGCGAGAAAUUGCUUUAAAGAAAAGAAAACUUAGAGAACUUGAAGGACUUGUUUGUGCUGAUGAUGUAACGGCACAAAUUGCAAUCUGGAAAAGUGCUACUAGAGAGAUUCUAGAAGAUUUAUUGACAUCGAUGAAGAAUGAGAAUAACGACUGCAGAAAUGUGCAAAUUGUAAAUAUAUUGAAGGCUUUAAAUAUUCCUUCUGAAUUGAUUGGGUAUGAUGCAGUAUCCGAAGACUUUAUAGAUUAAUUAUGAAGGUUUCAUUCUUUAUAUUCAUGUGAUAUAUUAGGCUUAGUUAAAUUAUAAACAAGUACCUAAUUUUCUAAUUAUAUUAUUACUUUUACAUUUACAUUAUUAUUCUAUG